AUGUCCACCACUAACUCGCCGUCCGAGCUGUUCGUAUCUACGGACACGGGCCCGUGCCAGAUCAAAAAGGGUAUUGCCGUCAAAACCAUCAAGCGCGUGGUUUCGGAAGCUUACCUGUCCGCGAUAUUCUUUGUCGACCGCCGCGCAGGAGUUGUAUCAAGCCAGUGGAAGCCGCUCAUCCGCGUCGCAUCCAAGCCCGAGAUCAGUCUCCCGACGCUGGAGUGGGAGAACACCAAUGUCGUGUCCCUGGGCUUCAACCGCAGCGAAUUGGAGCCUAGGGAGCUGUUUAGACACCCCAUGUUUGCGCAGUUCGUCCAGCAGCGCGACGUUGCCGGCCUCGCCCCGCCCCUGAAGCUCGAGCUCUGCAAAACGGUGCUUCGAGAAGCGAUGCCGGGCGCGCUGCAGUUUCAGGGCGCGGAGCGGGAGAUGAGGCUGACGUCGGGUCGGACGCAAGCCUCGCCCUCCGAGCCCACCCGUGCGACGCUCAGGAUGCGUCUGCGAAGGCGCGUUCGCAGCGGCGGUUUGUGGCCACCUUUCGACCGGCGCCUGCAACUCGUAGGGGCGCGCGUGGCUGGCGCCAUCCUGACCUCCCAGGCCUUCCGCAGCCACGGCCAUGAGCGUAUUCCAGAACCCUUGAAGCUCUUUGUGGUGACGCUCUACACUGAUGCGCUGUGCUACGGCGCCUUCGCGUCGCCCAUGGCGUUCCUCUUCUUCCAGGGGCGCGGCGUCAUUCAAGGGCGCCCGGCGUCUGGCGCGCAGUUGGCGGUGGCGACUGGCGGCUUCUACCAGGGCACGGAUUGUCUCCAGUGUGCCGCCAUUCGUGGGCUGGAGCUGGCGGCGCUGCGGCAGGCGGUCCUCUCGGCGGUCCCGAGCUGCCCCCUUGUCUCGCUGGCGUGCCCGCCUGCGAACUGCCCCUGCCCCGCGGCCUCCUGCCCGGUGCCCGCGCGCGCGGCGCCGCUGGUCAACCUGGCCCGCCCUCCGCUCGAGGGCUACGCGGGCCUCGACUCGGAGCGGUUCGAUGCCGAGAAGGGCUCGUUCUGCGGGCUGCUGGGCGCGGUCGCGGGCGCGGCUGCCACCGGCCUCGGGUGCGAUCUCCCUGGGGCCCCGCUGUUCCACGAGAGGUUGGUCACGGGUUUGAGCCUCCUCGUGGCCCCUGGCCCAGUGGCCGCUCUGACGGCGGAUGGCGACCGCUGCGCCGAGGGCGCGCGCUGCGAUGACGCGGCCGACGCGCGCUGGUCUGGCGCUCGGGGAGCCGCGCCCACAGCGGGCCCGCAGCAGGUGGGCCGCUUCAGGCGGCUGCCCACCGCGGCAGAACUCGAGCAGCUCAAGCGCGGCGGUGCCUUCAUGGUCGGCGGCGCCGCGCCCGCUUCUCCCGGGGCUGCUGGGGCUGGAGCCGCGGGCGCAGCGGCUGCCCCAGCUGGCGCUGCGCCUGCGCGGCAGGGUGGCGAGGCUGGAGUGGUGGCCCGCGCGGGUCGGCUCCCAGACGGAGAUCGCUCGAUUCACAAGCAUGGGGCUAUCUGCAGGGUAUUGGACUCGAUGAUCAGCGUGGACCAGCUCAGCGCACCCGCGCUUCAGAGCGCCGAGCUGCUGUGCCGCUACUUGCAGCUCAUCGAGGAUGCUCGCGCGGUCUCGCCCUCGGCCCCCGUCUACUUGGCGGCCGACGAGUGCGUGGGCUGGUCGGCGCGCCGCGGUGGGUCCGCGGUGGCUCCGCAGCUGCAGGAGCACGUCGCCGCCAACCUGCGCGACAAGGCCGCGGGGUUCAAGGGGGCCGGGAAGGCGAAGGAGGAGCUGAAGCUGCGCCGUGGCCCCAUCGGCGGCGGCAAGGGCGGCCCCGCCUACUCGGGGGGGCCGGGGUCGCGGUGGCCCCGCGCCGCGGGAGCUGGCCGACCCGCGGCUGCCAUCAUGCCGAAGACGGACGCGUCGCACGAUGCUCGCUGUCCGAUGCAGAGAGCCUUCCUUCCGCUCCAGGCAGCGACAGAUCGCCGGCGCGAUCUCAUCCCGUUGCCAUGCAGUCAGCCGACGCCGCCAUCGCAGGGGCCAGUCUCAAUUUCUACGCAACAGUUCGCCAAUGAUGCGGUUGCAGGUCUCGACUCCCGCGUGAGCAGCACGGGCAAACCACGUCGGAUCAGCGCCUCGCAGCUGCCGCAAUUGCGCACCAGGUCAAGACGGCCCCAUUCGUCUGCCAUCUCUUACUCGCGCCGUGGAGCCGCUAAGGAGUUCCUGGCCAGCAGCCUGUCCUACGCCGGGGGCGAGGCACCGAGCCCCGUGGUGAAGUGCGUCAGAUCCCGAGUAGACAUCCCAGAUGUGGAUGCAGCCGCCCCCGCGGUCGAUUCGGCGCUCGACCCGAUCGGGAGGGGUUGCGCGCUGGGCUACGAGAGCAGGAUGAUGAAGGCACCUGACGAGCAGUCAAGGGCCCUCGACUCGGAGCCGCCCGUCACUCCGCACAUGGAUGAGGUUUUGAAGUCGGACCCCUGCGCCUACCACCUGCUCAUCGCUGACCCGGUGAAGGCGAACAUGCUGGGGUUCACCUACCGCCCCAAGGACUUGGCGACGCCCUUCUUCGUCGCAAAGAAGAGCAGAGCCCAGAGGCUGGUCUGGGACGCGCGAGUGCCGAACAGGAGGUUCCGCGUGCCACCGCCCGUGUCUAUGGGGGCGUCUGCGGCGCGCGGGCGUGUCCAGCUACCUGGCGACCGCGAUGGCGCGGUAGCUUGCGCCGCGAAGCUUUACUGCGCGCAGGCCGACGUCAAGAACUACGUCUACACUCUAGGGCUGCCGACUGAGAUCGGGCUCUUCUUCUCGCUGCCACCCGUCUCCCAGGUGACUGGCGCCUUCGCCAGCCUCGGCCGCUUCAUCGACCGCGCCAGCCGCCGCGUCUGCUGUCGCCUUGAGCGCCCGGGCGUCUUGGACGACUCGCAGCAGGAAGCCCUCGACGCAUUUAGCGACGUCGCCAUGGGCAGGCCCCCUGCGAUCUCCGACAAGGACCUCCAGGACGACCGCUGGGAGCUCAACCCCGACUUUAUUUAG